UGGUAAUCCACUAUUGGGCCUUGACCCAUUGAUUGAGGCUUUUGUUCCAAACAAAACUCAAAACUCUCUCAAUCGGAAAACUCAUACCAGUAGAAAGAAAGAAAUGGCGUCGGCGAUUGUGAGAUCUACUCUUCGAACGGCGCUCCGAGGUGGCGCUCGCGUCAAUCCAGCUUCGACGAGAUCCUUCUCCGCCGGUGCAUCGGCUGAAGAAGAAGCUCGCGAGGCGGCUAAAUGGGAGAAGAUUACCUACGUAGGAAUCGUUGCUUGCACGAUUCUUGCGGCUGUUAAUCUAUCCAAGGGUCAUCCUCAUUUCGAAGAACCUCCUGCGUAUCCAUACAUGCACAUCCGGAACAAGGAGUUUCCAUGGGGACCUGAUGGCCUUUUCGAAGUUAAGGAACACCAUUGAAGCCCCAAUUGGACAUUGCUGAGGGCAUUCAUAAUAAUGAUCAUGUUUUGUUUUCAUUCGGUUGGCUUUUGUUGUUAUUCAAAUUGCAUUCUUGUUAAGCUUGGUACUUGUAUUUGACUUUGCAAGGGAUUGUUUCCUUUUUUACUUUGCUUCUCACAUGCAAACAAGUGUUUGUGAAUACUAAUUGGUUCAAUAAUGAAUGAUUCGCUUAAAAAUCG